GGUCUUGGUACGACCCCGGCGUGAGUCACUGGCCGAGCCUGGCCCCAUCUGCUCAGAGCCAAAGACUGAGAUUCCGACGGAAACGGUCGCAUUCGGCGUCUCCAUAAUCCAGGGGUCCCGACGAGGUCCCCGAGGUCCUGGACCAUGUAUCGGCAGGUAUAUCAGUGAGCCUCGAGUCUCCUUCUCGUGCACAUCGGACCUUCACCUUUUCCCUCCGUCCAUCCACCCUACUCCAGCCCCCCAGCAAGCACAUUCUACCAGACGCAAGUAACGCCAUCCUCUCCGCCAUCCACCCUGCAAAACCAACAAUGGCAGCCCCCGACGCCCAUACCCACUCCAUGUUCUCCUGGCAGGCCAACGCCGAGUGCUGGGACCAGAGCGUCGGCCAGGACGGCAACGCCUACUGGCGGCUCCUCCAGGUGCCCGCCCUGGAGCGCAUGAUCCCGGUGCCGGGCAAGGACGCUCGCGCUCUGGACCUCGCGGGCGGCAACGGCCUCGUGGGGCGCUGGCUCGCGGGCCGCGGCGGACUGUCGUUGUUGGUGAGCACGGACGGUAGCGAGGAGAUGGUGAAGCAUGCGCAGAAGAGGUUCAAUGGUGGUGAGGGCUUGCAGGCGGUGUUUCGAAAGGUCGACGUCACAAGCGAUCAGGAACUAGGGGACCUGGUCACAGAGUACGGGCCGAAAGAGGACGACCCUGACUCUGGGUUUGACAUCAUCACCAUCAAUAUGGCACUCAUGGAUAUUUCGGAUCUCAAUCCCAUGGCCAAAGUGCUACCGAAAUUGCUCAAAAAGGACGGCAUCUUCGUCGCAACCCUCCUGCACCCCGUCUUCUUCACCUCCGGCGCGGACCGGCACGUCCAGAUUGUCGAGCAGAACGAGCACAUGGGUCCCCACGUCGUGCGCUCCAAGGUCAUCACAAAGUACCUGGACGUCCCGCCGUGGCGCGGCGUCUUCGAGUACGGCCAGCCCGAGCAGCAGUACUACUUCCACCGACCCUUGCACGAGCUCUUUGCGGCUUUCUUCAAGGUCGGCCUCGCCAUGGACGCCCUGGAGGAGCCGGCCUUCACCAAGGACCAGGGCGUUCCGGACAGGGUCGAGUCGCACCGCAACUUUGACCAGUUGCCUGCCAUUCUGGCUUUCCGGAUGAGGCGCUUUGCAUGAGACAUCUCUUGCCUGGGCAGUUUCGCGGCAUCGGGUGAGGGAACUGAUCCGAUGUCGUCAAGACCAGCGGGAAUGUGUUUAUGAAUGAUUGAUGAGAGAGAUGAUGAUUAGUACUCGUGAGGCUGCUUGGUAUGAAGGGGGACGGUCGGGUUGUCAGAAUGUGCAAAAUAGACCGCGUGAGAGCGAUGGAAAUUCAAGACGGUGCAUUUUGAUAGGACACGGAAUCGCAUUGCUAUUGGACUGUCUA